ACCUAGAACUUAAUUUAAUAAACAAGUUAUUACAAUAUCUUUUAAUAUAACAUAACAAUCAUGUACACAAAAUUAUAAAUCCACAAAUAAAAUAUUUACAAAAUGUGGCAAUUACUACAAAUGCAGUCAUGUCAAUUAAUGCGACCAAGGUUAACGCCGAUAAGAAGUAACGGAUAUUUUAUAAAUUUGUUAAAAAAUAAACCGUCAGAUGCAGUUAAAAGAUACGUAUCUAAUGUAAAAAAUUGCAAGGAGAAUGAAAUAAAGGGUAUUUUUCAGUUUAUUAGUCCAUGGAAACUUUGUACGGGUAUUAGUUUAGGUUUAGGGACACGUCUUUUAUUAAAUGAUGGAGCUGUACUAUGUAAGGCAAAAGCUCCCUCUAGAAUAAUACAAAGGAGGCCAAAUGUAAAUGAAGACAGCGGUAAAUUUGAUUGGUCAAAGUUCUUUGAAUAUCUCAAACCUCAUAAAUGGUUACUGGCAGCUGCUGUUGCUUCGGCGAUGGCAGUCGCAUUUCUAAAUAUCUACAUUCCGGCAAUGUUGGGAGUUAUUGUUAAUAUAUUAGCUGAUAUGAGAAGCAAUCCAAACGUAGAUUUCAUUGAUGAGAUUAAAUAUCCAGCACUCAAAAUGAUUUCUUUGUAUAUUGGCCAGGCAAUAUUCACAUUUUUCUACAUACACCUAUUGGCGCAAGUUGGUGAGAGGGUAGCUGCACAGAUGAAGCAAGAUCUCUUUGUAUCCAUACUACAGCAAGAUAUGGCUUUCUUUGACCAAGAGAGGACUGGAGAAUUAGUAAAUAGAAUCACAGUGGAUGUUCAAGAUUUUAAGAGUUCCUUCAAGCAGACUAUAUCAGGUGGCUUGCGUGCCAUUACUCAGGUGGUAGGGUCAGCAGUGAGUCUGCUCGUAAUAUCACCACACUUGACCGGUAUGACGCUUAUAUGCGUCCCCACUGUUGUUAUUGGUGGGACGUUCAUUGGAUCUCUGCUGAGGAAACUUUCUAGGGAAGUGCAGGCUCAGAUAGAAAAAGCAACGCUAGUCGCGGAAGAAGCUAUAUCGAACAUGCGUACUGUGCGCGCGUUCGCUGGCGAAGAGAAUGAGGCGAAAAUGUUCGCGGACGAGUGUGACACUGCGGCCAAUCUGAGUAUGGAGCUGGGCUUGGGCGUGGGACUGUUCCAAGCUGGGACUAAUCUGUUCUUGAAUGGUAUGGUGUUAGCGACGAUGUUCCUAGGCGGUCACCUAAUGUCCACGGGGCAGAUGUCCGCGGGUGACGUCAUGGCGUUCCUCGUCAACGCGCAGACGAUACAGCGCUCCGUGGCGCAAAUAUCGCUGCUGUUCGGCGCUGUUAUUAAGGGUGUUAGCGCUGGUGGUAGGGUUUUUGAGUAUAUAAACAAAGAACCCAAAAUGGACACAUCGGGCACUAAGGUGAUCAAAUAUCAUGAGUUCCACGGCGACAUAGAAUUUAAAGAUGUCUCUUUCGCUUAUCCAACUAGACCGGAAGCUAUUGUAUUGAAUAACUUUAACUUAAAAAUACCGGCGGGCAAGACUGUCGCCAUAGUGGGCAGUUCUGGUAAUGGAAAAUCAACCAUAGCUGCCUUAUUGGAAAGGUUCUACGACGUGGACAAAGGUUCGGUGACCAUAGAUGGCGUGGAUAUCCGCGAAAUGGACUGCCACUGGCUCCGCGGGCGCGCCAUAGGGCUGAUCAGCCAAGAGCCGGUGCUGUUCGCGACUACCGUCAAGGAGAACAUACGGUAUGGGAAGCCGGACGCCAGCGACGCUGAGGUGUAUCAAGCUGCUCAAACAGCGAACGCGGACGAGUUCAUUCGCAGCUUCCCAGCUGGAUACGACACGUUGGUCGGCGAGAGGGGCAUGUCCCUCAGCGGGGGCCAGAAGCAGAGGAUCGCUAUCGCCAGAGCAGUGUUGAAAAACCCCCCCGUUAUGGUCCUGGAUGAAGCCACCAGUGCAUUAGAUGCGACCAGCGAGAAAGUGGUCCAGACAGCUCUAGAGACAGCGUCCAAAGGGCGCACUGUGCUGGUGAUCGCGCAUCGGUUGUCUACCGUUAUGAGUGCGGAUCUGAUUGUGGUGUUAAGCAAAGGGAAGAUUGUUGAGAUGGGUACCCACGAACAAUUGAAGAAACAAAAAGGACACUAUUGGAACCUCAUCAAGCAGCAAGACCAGGAAGAAGAUAAUCGAUCGUUAUAAUGAUAAUCAUAGAGCUUAAGUAGAACAAUUUUGACAUUUUUUUUAUCAUAUUUUUUGACAUUUUUUUUUUUUGUUUAAUUCUUAUUUAUUUUUCUGUUUCGUUCUGUAAGGAAAAUGGAUUUUAAGGUAAUUAUUAUG